AGCACACACUCAUUACGAACACUCACAGAUACUCGUUAAAACAGUUGUUGUUAUUCGCGUGCUUUGUAAAUUGGCUUUAUAUACCAGUCGUGUACUCAAAAAGCCAUUUGCAAAUGCUCAACGAUCAGUUGUGCUUGAAACGCUUAAGAGUGCAGAACGUAUUUUCAGAAACUCACAAAUUGGCGCGUUGUAAAUGCUUUUAAAACCAAAAAAAUUCAAUAACUCACCACAACAACAAAAUUUAAAAACAAAGUGCAACACCUCAAAUCACAAAUAAGAAAACUACAUAAAUAAACUUUAGUUAUUUAAUUUUUUCUUAAAUUGAUUUACAAAAAUUGUAUUUUAUUAAUGUUCAAAUAACAAAAUCCAACUAAAACAAAAUAUUGUGUAUUUAAACAGAAAUAUUGAAAGUAAUCUGGAAAAAAAUCAAAUUAAAAAAACCAGAAUACGCGUUCCGUAACCAAAAAAGAAACAAGAAAAAUUAAGCGUUUAAAUGAGAAUCAUGAUGAUAUAAAACAAAUGUGUUAAAAAUAAUAAAUAUUUUGUUAACAAAUAUACUUAAAUAAAUAAAUAAUUAAACAAAAUAAAGUGUUUAAUUUUAAAGUGUUUGCAAAGAAAAUCUGUUAAAACAAAAACCAAACAAGAAGUGAAAACAGUAAUUAAGACAUACUGUGUCCAAUUCUCUAACAAAGAAUUUCAUAAAUACACACAACACAAAUAACAACAAAAAAGUAAAAAAAAUCAAACGAAAAUCUGUAAAACAAACUUUACAACUGAAGUAGAAAUAGAGAAAAUUCAAACCAAAACAAACUGAAAAAAACUUCAGAAAAAAACACGUCUAACCCAACAAACCAAACAAAAACAUUGUAGAGAAACUGUAAAUCUCUAAAAGUGAAGUUUUAAAAUUGUGUUAGAAAAAGCAAAAGCAAAAACAAAAACAUUAUAAACAAACAAAACUAAAUAAAUAAAUAAACCAGCCCAAAGCAGCAUAAAUGUAUUAAUAGAAUUAAUAAAAAUUGAUUUCUAAAUGAGUCUUAAAGUGAACACGCGCUGUCGUUUUUUAACUCACCACAAGUAUUAUGCUUAAUAAUAAUGGCAAUAGACUUUUUGAUAUUUGCCGUGCUUUUGCUAUCGUUUAUAAUAAAUUUCUUGGCUUUGGCUGCUUUUUGGGUGACACCCGGUCUGCGAACCACAGCGAAUCGUUUUACUAUCAAUCUGCUCAUCAUUAAUUUGGCUGGUUGUCUUAUUUUAGCUCCCACUUUUUUUCUAAGUGGUGGCAUUGUUGGCGAUGGCGACAGCGAAAGCGGUUCUAACGACAGCAGUCUUACAACCGGUUCCAGCCAGUCUGGUUUAAGUUUCUUAACAACCAACACAAACGAUGACAGCAUUGAGUUUUAUUCAAAGGCUGGCAAUCACCAAAUGACUAUUCGUCACAAUGGUAAAUUAGUGGAGCAGGAGGGCAUCAUUCUGAGACGUAAUGUGUCGCGCAAUGGUGAGAAUGCCAAGGGCGAGAAUGGCCCUCGUACCAUCGAGACCAUUUACAAGUGCAAUGCCACCUACUGCCGUGAAUUGACCAUCGAUGAGAAUAGUGAAACUUUGGUCAUCACAGAAAUUGAGGAGGAGGGCAGAAUCCAGUUGCCGGAUGGUAUGCAACGCGAGGAAUCAGAUGAUGUCAAACGUUUAGCUUUACCCUUGCUCACAAUGAGAUCCUGGGCCAUAGAUAUGGCCGCUGCUUUGGGAUCCAUGGGUGUUCUCCUGGUGGUGGGUGAUACCUGGUGUGCCGUGACGGACCCCUUGCGUUAUCACAGCCGCAUAUCGGGAGUGAAAUCUUGGGUUCUGAUAGCCAUUACCUGGGCUAUGGGCAUAUUGUUUGGUGCUUUGUCGGCCUUCCGCGAAAUUGAUUUUGAGUCGGAGACCAUUAUUAGCAAACAAAAACGCUUUGCCGACUCCUCCACCACCUUCUUCACACUCAACUCGGUGAACAACAUCUUUAGCAUGGUGUUUUCCUGUCUAUAUUUCCUGCUCAUCAUUCUGCUGCCAUUUGGCUUUGUGUGCGGCAUGUAUUGGCGUAUUUUCAGUGAGGCUCGCGAAAAUGGUCUGAGAAUGCGUCAAAAUGGUUCAUCCCCUUUGCUACAAAGUGCUUUGAAUCUAACGCAUGGCCCCCCGGUGGCCAACCAACAGUAUUCAAAUAGUUUAUGUGCCCAUAGAAAUUCGAUUUCUUCGACCUCCUCCCAGUGCGGAGGCUUACAAAUGCAAAUCGAUAAUAAUCAAAAACGAGGCUCUCCCGCCUGUCUGAGGCGGGACUCGGCGGCCAAAGUGCUAUUGCCGCCCAUUUCGGAUGACGGUAUGUCCGAUGAGGCUGAUAAUUGCAGUACAAAUGAUCAGCUCAUAGUGAUACCUGUUGCCGAAACAGUUAAUGCUCAGCAGCAGCAGCAACAAAAUAUUAUACUCACUCUACAGACAGCCAGUGGUGAGAUAAAACGCAACUAUUCCACCCGCCAACUAGAGCUAUUGGCCACAUCCUCGCAGGAUCUGUGUGACAACAACAGGCUGCAGGGCAUACGCCAAGUCCACUCUUCGCCAAAUCUACAACGAAGUGUUACUCUGCCUCAACCCUUAAACGAGAACACUUGCUCGCCACAUCUCCUAGGCGGACAUCUGCCACAAAAUCUACCCAGUAUUCAUUUGAAUAGACAUUCAUUUCAACAAAACCCCAACAACACCAGAACCACUCACCAAAAUCACCAGCAUCUGCAUCAUCACCAGUCGCUACAAAUACCCACCAUUCACGCCUCACCCAAGGCCUUGAGCUACAUGUCUUCUUUGCGUCAUCGACUAUCGAAUGCAUCGUCCCUCUUUAAAUAUCGGGACGAGUCUAGAGCGGCGCGCAUCAGCAUUUUGGUGGUAAUAAUGUUCCUGGUCUCCUACUUGCCUUUUGGCUUCUUAGUAUUACUACAGUGUCGUGUACCUGCGGCCAACUUCGAGGAAUCGAGUCAAUUAGCCAUCUUUAUGAUACUGCUGGCUAAUCUCAGCUCUCCCUUCAUCUUUGCCUACCGCAACAAGAGAGUAAGGCGGGGUGUGAAAAGACUGGUGGGUCUAAAUGCUUUGUGCAGGGACUCACAACUACAAAGACAGAGCAGUUCCAGCUGUCGCAUGAGUGGCUCGAAAUAUGGCAACUCGAAUCUGAAAAGAAACAGCAGUCGAGUCUCUACUUACUCCACCACAUCGGCCAAAUAUCUGACACCUCAAAGUUCGGUGGUCAGCAAUGGCACCAAUUCCGUACCCGCCUGCUUCAUGAACAACAACAAUAACAAUUGUCAUGCAGUGCCGCUGAGGGCGAACAGCAGUUGCAGCACCAUCAUCAACUUCAGCCUCAGCAAGCAGCAACAGAAUUUUGAAAAGACUUUAAUAGAGGCCGACGAACUGAAAAGCCAACAUGCUAAUAAAAAGCCACGUCCGGUGUUACAAAGAGGCAUUACAAUAAUUGAACAAGUGCCGCUCAAUGGCCAUGGUAUCGGUGGCGGUGGCAUCUGCGUCGGUGGCAGCAUCAGCAGUCACAACAGCAACAGCAGCAGCAAAAACAACAACAACACUCCAAAGUUACCAGUAAAACAUAAAUUGUAUAAUUUAUUGUUCAAAAGUUCCAAGAAUCUUAGUUGUGCAGCAGCACAGUCAUGUGCUCAGGGCACUUUAGAUGCUGAACCAACGGAAGUUUAAAUUUAAGUUAUGCUUUUAUUUUUCUUAUUACUCUUACUCUUACUAUUAUUAUUUCAUUUUUUAAGUAAUAGUUUCUUCAUAAAGUAAAUUCUCUCAAAUAGUUUUAUACGUUUUGUGUAAAUAUUUUAUAAUUUAAGUAUGUAGGUAUUAAAAGGUCAGUUUUUUAACUAAAAACCAAAACUAAAUCAAACAAAUUAGGAAGAAAUGUUAAAGUACAAGACAGUUUUCAAAACUGAAUACAGAAUUUUUACAAAGAACCCAUGAUAAGCAGAGGAAAGUCAAGGUUUUCAUUUUAUUUUUCUAAAUGAAUCAAACAAAAAAAAAACAUAAAAUAAAACAAAUAAUAGUAAUUAAAAUAAUAAAAGAAAAAAAUUGAAAUAAUUGAAUUCAAAGUGAUAUGAAUCUCAAAUGAAUAGAAAUAUAAAUUAUAAUGACAUGAUUUAUUUCAAGAGUCGUCCUAUUUGCUGUUGAGAGAAUUUUGAAUUCUGAUAAGAUUGAAAAGUCAGUUAGUCAGACAGUCAAUUUGUUUAUUUUAAUUAUUGAUUAUUAUUUUUUAUAUUUGUAGAUGUCUGUAUGUAUUGUAUAUACUACAUAUGUAUUUAGUUUUAUUAUUUAUAAUUUUGUGCAAAUAUUUAAUUGAAAUACAUGAAUUUGAGGUUAAAUUAAUCUAAGUAGUAGUCAGAAAGACGAAUUAUAUAAACUAGGAAUGAGAACAAAGACAGUUUUUUUUAUUUAUAAAAUAAAAUUAUUAAUUUGAUUUAAGCAAAUCAGCUCUAUUCUAAAGUUAAA